AUGGUGUAUCGCGGAUUUCUCGUCCCAGACAACUACGUCUCCGAGACUCCCGAUGACACUGACAUGAACAUAUCCAGCGUUUUCUGGGGACUUUCCUUAGGGAUUGCCAUCUUUGCGGCAGUGCAGGCAGGACGGCAAUCUUACCAUUCCUGGAAGCGGAAGCAUAGGAUAACCACCUAUGUUACCUUGAUUUGGGGCGAGUGGAUAGCAAGUAUCAUCAUUGGAGCUCUUACAUGGUGUUUCCAGCGCGAAUAUGUCGGCCCUAGUUUCCAACUAUUCUUUCUCAUAUCUUGCUGUUGGUCGCUUCAGAUCCAGCUGCUAAUGCAAAUCAUCAUAAACCGCAUUGCAUUUUUAAUGGCUGUACCUGGAGCUGCAAGAAGCCUUAAAUGGGGUGUCUUCCUCCUAUUACUCCUAGUCAACAUCAGUGUGAUGGUUAUUUGGACUCCAGCCCAUCUCCAGCUUUCACCGCGUUGGAUCCACAUAAACGAUAUAUGGGACAGGGUAGAAAAGGUAAUCUUUUGCAUCAUCGACCUGUCCCUCAAUGUUCGUUUCAUGUAUCUGGUCCGGUCUCGCUUGAUCAAGAGUGGGCUGUCCAAGUACAUACCUCUCUAUCGGCUCAACUUGGUCUUGGUCUGUUUUUCCAUGUGCCUUGAUGUAUCAUUGAUUGGUCUUAUGUCGUUACCGAGCAGUCUCAGCUACUUGCAGUUUCAUCCAGUUGCAUACCUGUUGAAGCUCUCCAUUGAAAUGAACAUGGCGGAGCUCACUGCGAAAAUCGCAAAAUCUCAAAACUUGGGUGCCAUUCAGAGACUAAGCUUCAUCACGCCCGCAGAACAGAAGCACAAGCAUGAUGAAGGAAGCUCCGUUCAUAGUGAGACUAUCAAUGAAAGAGAUAUUGAGCGGGCAGUCGCACCACCUGGGCCUAUCCAGGUAACAGUGAAGACCGCUGAGACGAGGCAGACGGUUGACGAGUCUGAAGGCACUGGGAGUAGGAAUAGCUCAACGCAAGAGUUAAGGAAACCUAGUAUGAGUUUCUAA